AUGAGCAGAAAAGUUGGUCGGCCGACAAAAAAAGUUGGUCGUCGAUUUGUCGGCCCACAAAAAGUUAGUCGGCGAUUAGUCGCCCCAGGAGAAGUUGGUCAACGAUUAGUCGCUCCACGUAAAGUUAGUCACCGAUUAGUCGGCUCGUUUGCCUGAGGAGCACUGCCUCCCCAAAUCUACGUGUGUGUGGAAAAACGAAAAAUGUCUGGCACGCUCUCGCAAACACACACUCUCUCGCACACAACUUUUUACUUUUAUUUCGCGAAAACAGUGCAUAUUAGGAGCUGAUUUUUAUGUGUUUUUCAUCGGAACCACAAUAUGUGUUAUACAUAGUUCGAAAGAGAAUUUCUUCGGCUACAAACACAUAUGAAAUGUUAUAAAUGAAACCGAGAUGAAAAAAUAAAAAUUUCAUGCAAACAUGACAUGGUUUUUUUGAAUUGUGUGAAAAACGCAUGUGUUUUUUGAUGACCUGGCUUAUUUUUUGAAUAUCGAAUAUAUGUAUAAUCGAGUCGUAGUUUUGUUCAGAAUCUCAAGGGCUUUCAGAUGAUGUAAAUCAAUAUUUAUGAAAUUGUGAAAUCAUGGAGGAGUAGGGAUUUUUCGUUUGUCAAUUUUUAAAACGAAAUUUUCAUUUUCAUUUGAAAGGAACUCGAAUGAAGUUUACAUACGUUUUGAAGAGAAUUUCGGGCUUCAAAAUCAUAUAUAUUUCUAUAUACAAAAAUGGAAAUUGAAAGCACCGCUUUCGGUUGAAAACUCAACGCUGUUUUUCGCAACGCUACUGAACGCGGUUUGUUUGUUUGGUGCAAACCCAACAAGUUUUCAACCGAAAGUGGUGCUUUCAAUUUCCAUUUUUGUAUAUAGAAAUAUAUAUGAUUUUGAAGCCCGAGAAAUUCUCUUCAAAACGUAUGUAAACUUCAUUCGAGUUCCUUUCAAAUGAAAAUGAAAAUUUCGUUUUAAAAAUUGACAAACGAAAAAUCCCUACUCCUCCAUGAUUUCACAAUUUCAUAAAUAUUGAUUUACAUCAUCUGAAAGCCCUUGAGAUUCUGAACAAAACUACGACUCGAUUAUACAUAUAUUCGAUAUUCAAAAAAUAAGCCAGGUCAUCAAAAAACACAUGCGUUUUUCACACAAUUCAAAAAACCAUGUCAUGUUUGCAUGAAAUUUUUAUUUUUUUAUCUCGGUUUCAUUUAUAACAUUUCAUAUGUGUUUGUAGCCGAAGAAAUUCUCUUUCGAACUAUGUAUAACACAUAUUGUGGUUCCGAUGAAAAACACAUAAAAAUCAGCUCCUAAUAUGCACUGUUUUCGCGAAUUAAAAGUAAAAAGUUGUGUGCGAGAGAGUGUGUGUUUGCGAGAGCGUGCCAGACAUUUUUCGUUUUUCCACACACACGUAGAUUUGGGGAGGCAGUGAGGAGGAAAAAACAGAAAAAGAAAAAAAUAAAAUAUGAGAGUACGCAACGGCGCGUUAUUUGACGCGCAAAUGCAGAAAAUCGUGUGGAGGCCUCGCGAGGGUGUUUGAAAAAUAGUUUUUUGUGAAGUUUUCUCGAUUUCCAAAUAUUAAUUAUAUAUUUCAGGUUUUUCAAUGGCCGUCAGAAUUCUUACGUGCGUUGGAAGCUAUAAUAUGACUAAAAUAUUGCGUUUAGCCGGGCUGAAUCACUGUCAAAAAAUAUAGAGAAUUUCAGUCAUGGAAAAUUGCUACGUGAUAACCUAUUUAGUUUCCACGUCGAAGAAAAAAUCCAGCCAAAAAUAAUGUAUUUUCGAUAAAUGGGAGAAUAAGAAAUAUGCUAAUUAAAAUCAAAAAUAAUCAGAAAACUGAAAAAUCAUCAUCGUCGUCAUCAAGUUCAAAUUCACAAGCCGAAAUAGAAACUAAACCUGUUGAAAAGGCAAGUUUCAUCGAUUAUUUCGAAAAAUUGUGAUAAAUAACGUGUGUAAUUCAGCUGAAAUUCGGAGAACAACUUCAAGAUGAUGUUAUGAAUUCGUUUUGCGACAAACUUCAAUCAAUUUGUCCAAAGAAAAUUGAUGGAUUUUUGGCGAUUCAAUUUUUGAUGUGUGAUCCAGAAAAUGUCAAAAAACAUAUAACUGGCAAAAAUGAAGCCAUUCAAAUAUUGUUCGAUCGAGGAAGAGUUCAUUAUGUAUUGUCACAGUGAGUUUUACAACCUAUUGAUUUUAUUUUCACAACCAAGUUCUAUCUUUCAGCUACAAUCCCAAGGUGAAUCUUGUAAUGAUUUAUGAUAGUCUUCAACUUUGGGAUCAAACAACUGGUGUUCCUCUGAUAUCUAAUGAAAUCGUUGAAUAUCUUCGAUGCCUCUAUUCUCAUCAUUUCCCAGGAGAAGCUCUUCAAGUUGGCAUUGCUCAAAAUUAUGAUCAACAACAAGAUGAUUUCUCAUGUGGAUAUCGAGCAAUUGGAGCUGUUAUUGAUAUUGCUCGAGGACAACAGCCUGCUGAAAAUGUGUAUAGCAGAACUGCAAUUUUGGAAUUUAUUCAACAAAUUAUGCAUUCGAAAAAACCACGAUGGGAAUGGUUUCAAGAUGUACAUAUUCAUCGAAAUGAACGGAAAGCAGGAGAACCAGUGAUUCAUAAAAUGGUUAUUCCACCAAAAGUGCCAUCAAAUGUUUCUAUGCAAUCGAAACCAUCAAGUUCACGAUCAAAAUCAGCAACAUCAGUUGGAAAUGUUUCGACAGCAUCUUCAUUUUCGAACAAGUCAGGUAAAUCACCAUCAAGAAGAUCGCAAGCAGGAAAUGAGGUUGUAGAAAAUCUAGAUUCUAUUGCAAAAAUAUCACCAAAAUUAGAACCUGAAAACUCAGUUCUCUCGAAUUUUUUGACUGGAAGAAGUGAUUUACUGGGAUUCUCAGCUUUGAAAUCAUUAUCUUGUUUUUUGAGAGUUCAGGAUGAUUUGAAUGAGGAUUUGGAGGAAAUUGUGAAGAAGAUUUGA